GUCACAUGGCGCUCAGGAAACGUUUCCACGCCAACCCAUGACGUGUUUCUGUGUCUCAGGCUACAGGAUAUAUCUGUGCUCACGCUCAGAUCACUCUUCACUUCUUCUCUCUCAGCAGCAUGAACACCAUCUUCUUCAUCGGGCAGAUCAUCGGCGUGGUGCCGCUCUCCGUCCUGCUGCUCCUGGUCCUCGCUAAGCUGGUGUCCCUGCAGCGGCGUGGCGGCGGCGGCGUGCGUCUGCAGGACGGGUCGGGUCACGGCGUGCUGAUCACCGGCUGUGACAGCGGCUUCGGCCACCAGCUGGCCCGAGCGCUGGACGACAAACGCUUCACCGUGUUCGCCGGGUUUCUGUAUCCAGACGGAGCCGGGGCCCAGAGCCUCACCAGGACCUGCUCCAGGAACCUCCGGGUCCUCAAGCUGGACGUCACACGGGACCAGGACGUGCAGCACGCCAAGAGGACGGUCCAGGAUAACCUGCCGGAGAAAGGUCUGUGGGCGGUGGUGAACAACGCCGGUGUGACGGACUGGGCAGAGAUCGAGUGGAGCUCUGUGGAGGAUUUCCGCAGCAUGGCAGAAAUCAACCUGUUCGGAGCCAUCAGGGUCUCUGUCGCCUUCCUGCCGCUGAUCAGAGCCGCAAAAGGGCGUAUGGUGUUCACCUCCAGCAUCUUCGCCUUCUUUAACUGUCUCACCAUGGGAGCCUACAGCGUGUCCAAGAGAGGCCUGGAGGCCUUCGCUGACUGUCUCCGGGUGGAGACGGCCAGCUUCGGAGUCAAGGUGAGCAUCAUCCAGCCGGGGAACUUUGGGCGAGCCACCAACAUCCUGAGGAUGAAGACGGGUCUGGACAUCUGGGAGAAACUGGACGAGGAGAGGAAACGAACCUUCAACAGGAAGUACAUCGACCUGGCCAACGAGUACUUCAUGUCCACGUGUAAGGCGGGCUUCAAGGACGGAGACAUGGUGAUCGACGCCAUGCUGCACGCCAUCCUGGCGCCCAGGCCGCGCUGCAGGUACCUGCUGGCCUCCGCCAGGGACACGUUCUUCUUCCAGAUGGUGCCCUUCCUGCCCUCAGGACUCACCGACGCCGUCUUCAAACUCAGCUCCAUGUACCAGCAGAGGAGCGAGCUGCUGCACGCCAAGUAACCACGGCAACAACAACAACACGGCAACAACAACAACCUGUAGUACUUCGGAUGACUUCUGCCAAAAAAUGCACAAAAUUACCAAAAAAUGCACAAAAUUACUUAAAAAAAGACACAAUGACCAAAACAAGACACAAAAUUACCUCAAGAAGAUACAAAAUGAC